GGAUCUGAGCUGAGUUCAUCAUCUUUGUCGGAUAUACAUUUGCUUUGUGUGAAUUUGGAGUUGUUGCACUGAAUGGCGUCCGAGGAUUUGAGUGUUCUUGCGGAAUCAAAGAAAGGGGAAGAGAAUGUUAUUGUUGAUAAUUCCAAGGACAUGACUAGACCUGAGAAUCUUGACUUAUCUACCGAGAAAACUGAUAAUGUCAAUGAGAAUGGUCCAAAAGAUGAAGUUACUAAGCCGGAAGUAGACCUCCCUGAGUCUGGUACUUCAGUGAAGAGUAAAACAGCUAAGGAUAAUAAACCUGUUAAGAGAAAGUCAGGGACCUUUUCUCGCAGCCCGAGAUUCAUGUCUCAGAGCUCUUCAUUUCCAACUAAAGGGGCUCAUGCUGAUAUUACUAGAAAGAGCAUUGAUGCAACAACAUCAAAGACUAGUCUUAAACCCGUCGUUGCUGGUGGAUCCAAACCAAAAGCCACUCCAUCUUAUAGCAGCGGUGUUUCCACUAAGCGCACCGGUUUAGUAUCUGCCCCCCUCAAAAAGCAAACUACACCGGUGAAACCCAUUUCUAGGGAUGCAGCUUCAGGCCCUACUUCCAAAUUAGGAGAUGAAGGUUCUAAAUCCAUUGAAGAUGAAAUGGCGGGUAAGGACAUUGAGGAGGCCGGAUCAACCACCGCUGUGGUGGCAGAUAAAGUAUCUAAACCGAUGAAAGCUGAAAUGGCAAGCAAGGAAGAUGAGGACACCCGUUCAACUACCACUUCAACUUCUACACCUCGUGGGCGGAGAAGCAGCGUCGGGUCGGCAUCUGGAUUUUCGUUCAGGUUGGAAGAACGGGCUGAAAAACGAAAGGAGUUUUAUAUGAAACUAGAAGAGAAGAUCCAUGCAAAGGAAGUAGAGAAGACCAAUUUGCAGGCGAAAUCAAAGGAGAGUCAGGAAGAAGAGAUCAAAAGGUUGAGGAAGAGCUUGACAUUCAAAGCUGGUCCUAUGCCUAGUUUCUACAAAGAACCCCCACCUAAGGUUGAAUUGAAGAAGAUACCAACUACUCGUCCUAAAUCUCCAAAGCUAGGACGCAGAAAGAGUAGCAGUGAUGCAACAGGAGGUGAAGCGGCUCCUCGUGUGACGAAACCAAAAGACUCAUCAUCAUCUACACUGAAGAAACCCAUAACAAAGUCUCAGCCAAAGCUUGAAACUCAAGAGAAGUCAGUGAAGGCCAAAGAAAAGAAGAAGGAAGGGAAGAAAGAAGAAGUAGAGAAGAGAGGAGAGGAAGAGAAGGCUUCUCCUGCCGUGGCUGCGAAACCCGAAGAGAAGAAACCGAAUUCCAACAACAUCCAAGUGAAGGCUGAGAUAAUGGCAAGCGAGGUUGCAGUGGGAGGCUGAUCAGAAGCAAAGAGAUAUCUAAUGUCUGCUUCUUUCUUUCUUUCUUAAAGCAUUAAUGUGAAUAGAGUUGUCGCAUUGCG